ACCACACCCCUCUUCCCAAUCCAGUACGAGAGCUCAGACCCCAAAGACCACGAAGAGAUGACCUCCCGCAAACGCAACGACCCCUUUGACCUCGGCGUCAGCGACGAUUCCGAUGAAGACAAGGGCUACGACUCGGCCGCGGACGAGGAGAAGGGCAAAGGCCCUCGCUCGGCGAAGCGGCGCCGUGUGGUGAAUGAUCUGCACGGACUGGAGUCCGAGGACGAAGACUAUGAAUCUGGGUCUGAUAGUGAGGGAGAGGGAGUGAAGGGCAAGGGCAAGACCUCCUCCGCAGCGGGUAGUCGUCGUCGCGCGCAACCUACCACCUCCGACGACGAGGAGGAGGAAGAAGAAGAACAUGCGACAGCCUCGGCAGCAGCAGCAUCAACAACAAGAACAGCCUCAGCCACAGCAGCAGCAACCUCCGCACCCACCAAGAAGCAAACCACCACGAAACCCAUCCUCAAAAAAGACAAGAAAAACAAAACCGGGGUAAUCUACCUCUCCUCUCUUCCACCACACCUCAAACCCUUCGCUCUGAAAAAUAUCAUCGAAUCGCGCGGUUUUGGCCCGAUCACGCGGGUGUUUUUGACGCCAGAAACCAAAAAGCGGCAUGCGACGAACAAGCGCCGCAAGGCGUACGCGGACGGGUGGCUGGAGUUUGCGAGCAAGAAGACGGCGAAGAUCUGCGCGGAGACGCUGAAUGGGAAUAUCAUCGGGGGGAAGAAGGGGGGAUUCUACCACGAUGAUAUCUUGAACUUGAAAUACCUCAAAGGGUUCAAAUGGAAUGACUUGCAGGAGCAGAUUUCGCGUGAGCGGUCGGAGAGGGAGGCCAGGCAGCGGGCGGAGGAUUCGAAAGCGAGGAAGGAGGAUAAGGUGUUUCUGGAGGGGGUGGAGAGGGGCAAGGUUCUCGAUGGGAUUCGGAAGAAGAAUGAGGAGAAGGAGAGGAGGAAGUUGGUCAAGAGUGAUGAUGGGGCAAAGGUGGAGGGGGCUGCUGCUGAGCAGACCAAGAAACAUGAUGAUCUCAAGAUUCGCCGGGUGUUCAGACAGAAUGAGGUCAAGAUGGGCAGAGAUAAGAGUACGGAGGAGUUUCAGGAUCUCGGGGCUGAUACUAAGAGGGUCCUGGGGAAGAUCUUUUAGAUGGAUGUGUAUCAUGUUCCUAUGUAUAGUGUAUAGGGCAUCUGCUCUUUGCUUUGAUUAUGGAUAUCCCUAUGUUAUAAAAUGAG